AUGUUUUGUUUUGAAAUUGCCCAACGUACUAAGGGACAUUGUCAUUUCGGAUGUUGCAGAUGUGAAUUAAAAUUAAAUUUUAAUGGAAAAGAGAAAAGUAGAUUUGCUAUUUGCAAAACAACUGUGAUUGAUAGCUCUUCUACUGCAUACACGUUAUUACAUAAAUUGAGUGCAAUGCAGUUCAUCUGGUUAAUUCAAGGUUUGGUUAAAACUGUAAAAGCAAAUAUUAUUAUCUCAACUAAAUCUUCUUCAGACGUUAACUCCAUUCACUUCAUGGGAAAGAAAUGCUGUGCUUACACUAAUUUCACAGUUACAUACCGAUGUCAUUUUGAUACCGAGACAAAAUCAAUGGUGAGGACCUGAGAAAGAUUUGAAAUUUAAAGGGAAGUAAAUUUU